UAUAAUCAAGUAUAAUAGAUAGGUGGCUAGCAUAAGAAGAAGAGAUAUGGAGUAUAAAAGAGACCAACUUCUCAAUCUUAUCUGUUUCAUAUUCAAAUUAGAUUCUUGAAUUAUUAAGAGCAAAAUGUGCAUUGCUGUGUUUAUGUGGCAAAAACACCCUCUCUACCCUUUCCUUCUCCUCCUCAACAGGGAUGAAUACCACAAUAGGGCUACGACGCCGGUCGGGUGGUGGGACGGUGGAGAGAUCAUCGGAGGCAAGGACGAGGUGGCCGGAGGCACAUGGCUCGCCUCCUCCAAACAAGGCCGGCUCGCCUUCCUCACCAACGUCUUGGAGCUCCACACCCUCCCCGAGGCUAGAACUAGAGGAGACCUCGUUAUCCGUUUCUUGAAGAGCAAGAAGAGUCCAAAGGCGUUUGCGGAGGAGCUGGCGAAGGAGGCUGACCAAUACAAUGGGUUCAACCUCAUUGUGGCCGAUCUAGUCUCCAAAUGCAUGGUGUAUAUCUCCAAUAGGCCUAAAGAGGCCCCUUUCUCCAUUCAAGCGGUUCCUCCGGGCAUCCACGUCCUCUCCAACGCCAUGCUCGACUCCCCCUGGCCUAAGGCGGAGCGGUUGGAGACGAGCUUCAAGGUGCAAGUUGAUGGAUAUGGAGAGGGCGAGAUCCCGGUGAAGGAGAUGGUGGAGAAACUGAUGAGGGACACCCAGAAAGCUGAUGAAAACAAGCUUCCAAACAUAUGCCCACGCGAUUGGGAGCACAAUUUGAGCUCCAUUUUUGUUGAAGUAGACACUCCAUUGGGGAAAUAUGGGACUAGAAGCACGGCUGCAUUGACUGUGAGAGCCAGCGGAGAAGCCAGCUUUUAUGAGAUAUAUUUGGAAGGAGAAAAAUGGAAACAGCACACAAUGAAUUACUAUAUCCAGAAACUGUGAGAAUUCCAUAAUUACCACAAAAUUAAACAAUUUGUAUUCUUACUUUUAUUUUUAUGAUUAUAGCAUAUCUUUCCUAAUGUCUUCGAGCAAAACUGAAGUGGUAAAUUAAUGAGCGCUCCGCACACUUCAUUUUUAUUUGUAACAGCAAUACAUUGUACUUGCUCAUAAAUAAAAUCAAGUGUACAAACGUACACUUUUUAUUUUAUUUUA